AUGUUGCCGGCCAUUGCACUGGGGAUCUUAGGUGUCCUCUGUUAUCUCUAUCUUCGGGGGAAGGGCACUUCCAAUCUCCCGCCCGGACCCAAGCCGCUUCCCAUCGUCGGCAAUCUCAGAGACUUACCCCCGAGUGGGACGCCCGAGUACCAGCAUUGGCUGAAAUUCAAAGACAUCUAUGGACCCAUUAGUUCCAUCGAUAUUCUGGGACAGAAGAUCAUCAUCCUUCACGACCGUCAGGCAACACAUGACCUGUUGGUGAAGUCUUCAACCAAGACAUCAGGGCGCCCUUUCAUGCGCUUUGCAGAUAUCUGCGGCUUCGCAUCGCUCCUGAACCUCCAACAAUAUGACGGGACAUUUCGUCGGCACCGCAAGUUGGUGCACCAGCAAUUCGGUACAAAGGCCGUAGCAGCCCGGUACAGAGACAACAUUGAGCCAGAGUCACACCGCUUCCUUCUCCGUGUGCUGGAUGACCCCGCCAACCUCGUAUCACACAUCAAGACUGAGGCCAGUGCCAUCAUUCUGCGAAUCACUUAUGGCUACUCCAUCUCGCCUGGUAAAAGUGAUCCCUUGGUGCAUCUGAUCGAGCGCACCAUGGAUGUCUUUGCGCUCGCAACCGUUCUUCUGGGUUGGGCAGUGGACAUCUUCCCCUUCCUCCAGCAUCUCCCAGAAGGCGUGCCAGGAACUUCAUUCAAGAAGCAGGGCCGAGAGUGGGGCAAGCUCCUGGAGACGACGAAGGAUGUCCCUUAUGGUUUCGUUCAGAAGAGGAUGGCCAGUGGAACUCACGAACGGUCGUUUGUCUCGUCACUUCUUGAGCAAGAGAGCACUGCCACCGGCGAGGCCAAGAACGAGCACUGGGAGGAUGACAUCAAGAAGACAGCCUUAGUCAUGUACGGUGGUGGUGCCGAUACCACUGCAUCGGCCAUUCACAGCUUCAUUCUGGCUAUGAUCCUUUUUCCCGAUGUUCAGAAGAAGGCACAGGCGGAGAUCGAGAGCGUUGUCGGAAAAGACCGCCUACCUCAGUUUGGAGACCGAAAGCGCUUACUGUAUGUCAAUGGCGUGGUGAAGGAAUCCUUCCGUUGGCUGCACGUUGCGCCCUUGGGCGUAGCUCACCGGACUGACGAAGACAUUACCUACGGAGGGUACCACAUUCCCAAGGGUGCAUAUCUGCUGCCGUCUAUCUGGUGGUUCUUGCACGACCCUGCAACGUAUGCGGAGCCGGAUUCCUUUGACCCUGCCCGGUAUCUGGCUCCCCGCAAUGAGCCGGACCCUACUGACGAGACCUUUGGGUACGGUCGCAGAAUUUGCCCUGGCCGCUUUCUGGCAGAUGAGAGUCUCUUCAUCACCGUUGCACGUCUUUUGGCGACAUUCGACAUCAAGAAGGCUGUUGACGAGUCGGGCAACGAGAUUACGCCGAAGAUCCAGACUACGAGCGGCUUAAUUUGCCGCCCGGUCGACUUCCCGUAUAGCAUCAAGCCGAGAAGUGAUAGGUCCAUCGAUCUCAUCAGAUGCGUUGAAGGGAAGCAUGCAUGGGGUGAUGAGGAUGCCGAGCUUGUUCAAGAGGACUUGGCGAGGCACGGCUGUUGA